UUCCAGACACAAAUAUAGACUACAACACAGUAUGCUCUUAUUCUGGCACGGCACCAGGAGCGCUUCCGGUCACCGUCUCUGACUCCACUGCGCAUGUCUGCGCUGCAGCCUGCUGGAGGAUCCUCUGCAGCCGCCAGUCAGAGCACCUCUCCGGCUCUCCGGUGCUCCUCCUCGCGCCUCCUCACGCAGCGGAUCGGACUACAGACCGGAAGUGCUGCUGCGCAUCACCGCGGGGCGGGGCGCUGUCAGCGGGAGAGUCAUCUCAACGCCGACGGCCGGUUCACCAGUGGGGAUUAUUCUCCGUAGGGUGGAAGGUGGACGUUGUGUGUGUGUGUGUAGGUGUGUGUGUAGGUGUGUGUGUGUGUGUGUGUAUAACGACAUUACACGCUGACGGCCGAGCGAGCGGCGCGCGCAGCUCAGCCGGUGAUGGCUGCAGGUGGAUGGCCCACCUGACGCUCCGCCGCGCGCCUCCCGUUCAUCCGGAGCUCUGACGAAGUGGCACAGCCGAGCCGAGCCGAGCCAUGCUUCCGGGGGUCGGGGUGUUCGGCACCAGCCUGACCGCCAGGGUCAUCAUCCCGCUGCUGAAGAACGAGGGCUUCGCGGUGACGGCGCUGUGGGGCCGCACGCCGGAGGAGGCGGAGGAGCUGGCGGCGGAGAUGGACGUCCCGUUCUACACGAACCGGAUCGACGACGUGCUGCUGCACCAGGACGUGGACCUGGUCUGCAUCAACCUGCCGCCGCCGCUCACGCGCCAGAUCGCGGUCAAGACGCUGGGAAUUGGAAAGAACGUCAUCUGCGACCGGACAGCAACGCCUCUGGAUGCCUUCCGGAUGAUGUCGGCGGCCCAGUAUUACCCCAAGCUGCUGAGCAUUAUGGGAAAUGUGUUACGCUUCUUGCCGGCCUUCGUCCGAAUGAAGGAGCUGUUAGAGGAGGGGUACAUCGGGGAGCUGCUGGUCUGCGAGGCGCAGGUCCACAGCGGUAGUCUCCUGGGGAAGAAAUACAACUGGAGCUGCGAUGACCUGAUGGGAGGCGGAGGUCUGCAUUCGGUGGGCAGUUACAUCAUCGACUUGCUUACGUUUCUGACCGGUCAGCGCGCAGCAAAGGUCCACGGUUUCCUCAAGACCUUCGUCAAACAGACGGACCACAUCCAGGGCAUCCGGCAGAUCACCAGCGACGACUUCUGCACCUUCCAGAUGGAACUGGAGGGCGGCGCCUGCUGCACCGUCACGCUCAACUUCAACAUGCCCGGGGAUUUCCGUCAGGAGGUGAUCGUCGUGGGGACGGUCGGGAGGUUAACGGUCACGGGGACCGACCUGUACGGACAGAAGAACUGCGCAGACGGAGAGAGCGGCGGCGGCCCUGAACUCCUGCUCAGAGACACCACGCCUCUUGAGAAGGCCUCCUUGCCGGAGAAGGCCUUCAGUGACAUUCCGUCCCCGUACCUCACCGGAACGAUCCGUAUGAUCCAGGCUGUGCGGCAGGCCUUCCAGGACCAGGACGACAGGCGGACGUGGGACGGGAGGCCCCUGACCAUGGCCGCUACCUUUGAGGACUGUCUUUACGCUCUUUGCGUGGUGGAUACCAUCAAGAAAUCCAACCAGUGUGGAGAGUGGCAGAACAUUGUGGUGAUGACGGAGGAACCGGAGAUCAGCCCGGCCUACUUGAUCAGCGAGGCCAUGCGGCGGAGCCGGAUGUCGCUCUACUGUUAGCGUCCGGCCGACGGGGCAACCCUUUGUUGGAACGUUAUUCAUUCAGCUUCCAGGUUCAGUUCUCAAGUUCCUCACCCGGUCCCUCUCUAUGGCUACGAGACACGAUGAUGCUGAGAGUGCUGGUCUCCUGAAGCCUUUUCUUUUUUGCUUUUAAAAGAAGACUUGAAUCUUUCUAAGGAGAAACACUUGUAAUUCAAACUGUUCUCGAACGGAGCAGGGAGUGAAACUAUUGACCAUAAGGGUAUGGCGCCUCUCCUUUCAAUGAACUAUGACCUCCUGACACUGGGCCGACCGAGGACAGCCAUGAGCGCUCGUCCUCUCAGUAGAAGCUGUGCCGCCGUGGUGUUGCUGUCGUCUCAAGUAUGUGCUAGUUUUACCAAGUGAAUGUUUUAAGAAGAAACGUUGCCUGUAUCUUCCUGCUCUGUAUGCUUCCUGUGUGUGAAACCACAAAGAAAAUAAAUCAAGUUUGUCUGGUGGGUUUUUCAGAAGGUUUCCCUCUGGUUCACAAGGCCUCCGUCAGCAGGAACCACUGUUAUACAGUAUAAACAUAUGGAGUACAGACAGUGAUGGAUGGACUUACAACUCGUUACUACUAAUAAUAAUUGAGUCUCUUCGAGCUCCAGUUCACCAAACAGGACCAGGACUCACCAGCCUUAUCCUCAGAACCAGUGACCCGGGUCAGGAGAGUGAAGGUCCUCGGUGAUGGAGGCUUCAGGUUCACAUCACCCUGAGCCUACAGCUGAGUGGACGGAGGCCUGACCCACCAGCUCCUCCCACCAGGCCAACGCUGAGACGCUCUGCAGCUCAAGCUGUCGCCGAGCGCCGGCUCAGCAGGUGGGCUCCCCCGUUGUCCAACAGCACUUUAAAGGCUUAUGGACUUAGGGACGAUAUUUAUGAAAUGAGGACGGCCUGAAUUCAUGUCAGGAGUUCAACUUGAUGGAAGAUCAAAGGUUACUGAGCCGACACCGGGAAGCAGGAAGAAGCCUCCUGCCUCAUGAUGAGUACACAUCCUCCAUGGGCAGUUCAUGAUGGGCUGUGAUCGUCUGCUUUGGGCUGAUGUCCUUUGUGUGUCCCCUCUGACACCUUGACAAUGGUUUAGCCCACCGGUCCUACAUCUCGUCUUCUGCAGAGGACAAAUCAAACCAAUAAGAUUCAGACAAGGUUCAUCAUUGUUUCCACACGCGACUCCACAUUAUCCACUUCCUGCCCCCGUUAUUAAUGUUUAUUAAUCUCUGACGUCUCAGCAGGGAGGCGGGAGGCAGCGUCUCUGAGUGUUCACUGAGUGGUUCAUCGAGACAGUAAAAUAUGACGAGUCAAACUUUGUGUUAUUGUGCUUUGAUUUAUUUUAAAUGUUGACUGAUUUGUUCCGUUAUAUUUUGUUAUUAUUAAAAAGUGGUUCCAUGUCAGCGA